GUGUGUGUGUGUGUGUGUGGACGUUAACAGCAGUCCUCCCUCGCGCUCCUCAGAGAGAGAUAGAGAGUUCAGAGAGCAGAUUCAUCAGCGUGACAUGCAAUCAGCUCUUCUUUCUUUCGACAGCCGGAACCAGUCAACGACGGACAUUGGGUGUGUGAACAUUGAAUUGGCAGAAAAAUUGGCAGUCAGGAUUGACUUAGAGCCAUCAGGAUGCUGUCGGUUGUGGCUGUUCUACAGCUGUUUCUGGCCUCUGCUUUCAUGCAACCCACGGGUGAUUUCUGGGAUGAGUGGGGCCCGUAUGGCGUGUGCAGUCGUAGCUGUGGCGGCGGGGUUACCGUCAGGACGAGACGCUGUGUAACCCAGCGAACCGAUGGAGGUCAUAGCUGUGUGGGUCCCGAGAAGUCCUAUCGCUCGUGUAAUAUCCAGGACUGUCCCGAGGGAUCCAGGGAUUUCAGAGAGGAGCAGUGCUCUCAGUUUGAUGGCACUGAUUUUCAAGGAAAGCGCUACAAAUGGCUGCCGUACUACGGCGGAGAAAACCCCUGUGAGCUCAGCUGCAUUCCCAGAGGAGAGAACUUCUACUAUCGGCACAAGUCCGUGGUGGUGGACGGCACUCCCUGCCAUCCCGGAGGAAAGGACAUCUGUGUGGACGGCCUCUGCAAGUUUCUCGGCUGUGAUCACAUGCUGGAGUCGCUCCAGCAGGAGGAUCCCUGUCUACAGUGUGGAGGAAACGGACAGUCGUGCAGCCUAGUCAAAAACAACUUCUCAAUGCGAAACCUGCCCAAAGGCUACAAUCAGAUGUUCAUCAUCCCUGUCGGGGCGACCUCUAUAAGCAUCAAGGAAACAGAACCAAUGCGCAAUUACCUCGCAAUCAAAAACCUGCGUGGUGAGUACUACCUUAACGGACACUGGGUGAUCGAUUUCUCUCAUGCCAUAUCUGUGGCUGGCACUGUGCUGUAUUACCAGAGGGGAACCGAGGGUGAAAAAACACCUGAGAUAAUCACAGGCCGGGGCCCGACCACUGAGCCGCUAGUGAUAGAGCUCAUCACUCAAGAGGACAAUGAGGGAGUGGAGUAUGAGUAUUAUCUGCCGAACGGACGCUCAGUGGAGGGAUAUUACUGGAGCUAUGGCUCCUGGUCUGCCUGCAGCAAAGAAUGCGGCUCAGGUUACCAGUCACGUCUGGUCUUCUGUACCUUUGAUGAUGAAGCAUAUUCUGAUUACCUGUGUGCUUCCCUGCCUCGACCGCUCAGUAACCGCACAUGCAAUGAACAGCAGUGUCCACAAACCCGCAGGAUGGCGUAUGUGUACGAGCCACGCUUGUGGAGGCCCAUGGAAGCACCACGAGUCUAUGUGCAAGUGUACAGCUGGGUGACGGGCGAGUGGAACCCGUGUCCGGUGACCUGCGGCGGGGGUCUUCAGGUCAGGAGAGUGGAGUGUAUGUCUCACGAUUCGGCAGGGUCGCGAGUGGUUGAGGAUUCCCAGUGUGCUUCCUACGCUCCCAGACCGCUCAACCAACAGAACUGUAACAUGCAGAAAUGCGCUCAAUACAGAGUUUCCAGUUGGAGCCAGUGCUCUGUGACGUGCGGCUCCGGGAAACAGACGAGAGAUGUGGUGUGUGUGGGUUCAGACGGAGCUUCUCUGGAGGACUACGCAUGUGGGACGCAACCGAAGCCGCCCAGGACACAGGCCUGUGAGAUGCCCGUCUGCAGGAGCCCCGUUGGCUGGCAUAUAGGAGACUGGGGCCUGUGCUCCAAGAGCUGUGGCUCGGGGCUGCGGGAACGGCAGGUGAUCUGUUCAGACAGACAGAGAAACCUGUACAGGGUAGAAGAGUGCCAGUCCAAACCCAAACCCUCUACCGUGGAAAGAUGCAACGCCCAGCCUUGCUAUAGGCCUCAGGAGGUGCCCAGCAUGCAGGACCCAACAGGUCACGAUAACACGGUUCAGGGCUUUCUGCCAUACUACGAGGAUCCCACAUUAGAAACUCCUCAAAACAAUGCUGUCCACAAUCCUUUUGGCACGCAUCACUGUAGCCAAAGCUACUAUGGCUGCUGUCCUGAUGGAAGUACCCCAGCCACUGGACCAGAGAGCCAAGGCUGCCCCCAAGACCAAGGCCUACCAUCGUGCACAUGGAGCAGGUACGGCUGCUGUCACGAUGGCGUGACCAUAGCCCAAGGUCCCAACAAGGAGGGCUGUCCAGGUUCCUGGCCACACUGGUCUUCAGCAUCAGACAUACCAUCUGCGCCCACAGACUGUAAGAUGUCCUCCUAUGGUUGCUGCUAUGAUGGUGUAACAGCUGCUGGUGGUACUCAUGGGGAGGGGUGCUCCAACCCCCCCAGCAAUACACAGCAUUCUCGGUCCUGUGACCUACCCCAUUCUGUCGGGCCAUGUGAUAAUUGGACAUCUCGUUACUACUACGACCGCUCUGCCUCGCGCUGCAUGCAUUUCUGGUUUGGUGGCUGCCAUGGCAACAGCAACAACUUUGCCUCGGAGGAGGAAUGCCAGAGAAUGUGCCUGAGGUCUGAACUGAGCCAGCAGGACCAGGCGCACGUCUUGUCUUCGCAGCACGGUGGACGCCGCUUCCCAGCACGGAUCCACCACAGCUCUAGUGGUGCGACCCACAUGCACCGGGCUCACCGGCUGGAACCCAGUGCCAUGCAGCAGAGCAGCCCCGCUGCCAGCCGGAGAGCUGUAGGUGUGAGUAUAGACAAGUCGGACCCCUCCAUGGUGGAGGGGCUGGUUGGUCAGCAGGUGGUGUUGCCCUGCAGGGUGAGUCCUCGGCCCUCCUCUGCUGUGAUCGUGGAGUGGAGACGGGACGGUGUCCCUGUUGACCUCAACAGGCAUCGGCUGCAGUCGGACGGCUCUCUGUUGGCGGGUCCUGUAACAUUGCAGGAUUCUGGCUGGUUUCUGUGCGUGGCCACGAGAGCUCAAGAGAGAGAUCACCGCUACGUUCACCUGUCUGUCUCAGGAACUCCGGAGACAGAUUCAUCCCAGUCGUACACAUCACAUUCAUCUUCCAGGUUCACCGUUGAUUAUUCGUCUCUGGUCGAGGCUCGAGCGGGCCAGACGGCCAAACUGCGGUGCGCAGUGCUGCCAAUCUCAGCCAUGCAUGCUGUGACCGUUCACUGGAGCAGAGCUGGACAGCCGCUCAAUUCACUCAGGCAUUCUCAGCACUCAGACGGCACACUGGUGAUUAACCAGCUGACGUCAGAUGACUCGGGGCUUUAUACCUGCACCGUCACAGACGCCCAGAAGUCUGAAGAACGCCAAAUCCAGCUCAGGGUUUUCGGUGACGUCAGGAUCACUAAAGCCCCUGCGGAUGUGGACGUGUCGCAGGGGAGCACUGCUCAGCUGCCCUGCGUGGUGAUCGGGGACAACGUGAGCGUUGGCUGGUCGCGGAACGGUGUGCCAGUGCGGCCGGAUGGACAUCGCGUGCAUGUGUCAGCAGACGGGACGCUGAUACUAAAUAAUGUCCAGUCAGUGGAUGAGGGGACGUAUACCUGCAAUGCCUACACUGGGACGUACUCCGUCAGCGCGGCGGCUGAAAUAAGACUGGCCAAAUCCCCUCAACAAGAUUUCAGUGGGAGUGAGGGGUCGCCUCUGGACUGCGUGGAUCAGCCCGAGCUGGCGAACUGUAGGCUGAUAGUGUACGCACGCCUGUGCUCCAGCCAGUAUUACUCCAGUUUCUGCUGCGCCAGCUGUGCCAGAUACGCCAGGAACAAAGAACGGCCCGGACAGACCAGAUAGGUCACGUGCAGUGAAUACUGACAUUUACCUGCCGUGUACAGAGACUCACCUCGUGACUGAAUAUCAGCAGCAUCCCCUGCAACACUGACCUCAGGCAUUCAGUAUUCUGGCCCGUUCAGAUCAGAGCUUAUUUAUGUUUGUGUGUGUGCAAAUAAAUGUUAAGUUUGGAUUAUUAACAGGUCAGUGACACUGUAAUAAAGUAAGGGUUAUGUCUUUAUUGUGCUGUUGUUGUAUCGUGUAUUAAUAAUGCACUAUAUUAUAUACUUUUCGUUGUUAUUACUGACACCAUGACCGUGUUUAAUCUUUUACAGUGAACUGAGCUACAAAUUAAAGGUCGAUAUGAAACAUGCCUCGAAUAACUUUGAUUUAAACAUUUAUAUGCAACGGUGUGUCUGUAAAUAAAUACAUGUGAUUAAUUAAUUGAUUACCAAACAUCGUUUGGGCUAAAUGGAAAACUCAUUUCACUUUCAAUGUAUCAUUAAGACAUUACUUUCGGUACGUCGUUACUAGAUUCGUUUUUGUAAGUGACACGUACACACAGUAAUGCAUAUAUUAGUAUGUUUUAAUAUUAAUGCCAUGUUUCAAAUAAAUUGGUUAUGCCACAUAAACCAGUAAAUGCCAAAACGUUUCCUGAUUGGUUGGUCUAGUUUUGUGCUGUUUGCGCAGCUGUUCUCAUUAGAUCUGCCGGUAGCUCAUUGACUUGCUUUUUUUGCUAUUUAAUACCCAUUGCUACUCUGUUGAAUGAAGAAAUAAACAUUUACACCA